CUUUAUCCCACACUGUACACCGCUGCCAAAACCCUGCUACGCUACUUGUCGACGAAGUCCUCUCGUCGAUUCAUGUCUUUCUAGAACCUUUUUCUACCCAUUCAUUUAUUCUGUGCUGGAAAACUAGUACAGUCGCGCUUAUGCGUUUGGCACCUUCUGUCUUCACCUCUCAGGACUACAUCUCGGAUCACCUCUGGAAAGCUUCUGGAAACUAUUAACAUCCUUGAGCCCACUGUACAAAACAUACUCUUUUUUUUCAAUCAUUAUGUUUACGGCUCGACUAUUCAAGGCGGUCCCCGCCAGGGCCUCCGCCUCUACCCCUACUCCUGCCUUCACGAAGGCUCCCUUCCGGCCUAGGUUUAUGGCUACUGUCCGUAACCGUCUCCCCCGGGAGCGUGCUACCUUUACCAUCCGUGAUGGUCCUAUCUUCCACGGAAAGUCCUUCGGGGCAAAGACGAACGUGUCUGGUGAAGCUGUCUUCACCACUUCCUUGGUUGGAUAUCCAGAAUCUCUGUCGGAUCCUUCCUACCGUGGCCAGAUCCUGGUCUUUACUCAGCCCCUGAUCGGAAACUAUGGUGUGCCGUCUGCUGAGCGGGACCAGCACGGUCUCCUCAAGUACUUCGAGUCUCCCAACCUCCAGGCUGCGGGUGUUGUUGUCGCCGAUGUGGCCGAGCAGUACAGCCACUGGACGGCCGUCGAGAGUCUGGGUGAAUGGUGUGCUCGUGAGGGUGUUCCUGCUAUCUCCGGAGUCGACACUCGUGCCAUUGUCACCUAUCUGCGUGAGCAGGGUUCGUCUCUCGCCCGUCUCACUGUCGGUGAGGAGUACGACGCCGAUGAGGAUGAGGCUUACGUUGACCCUGAGCAAAUCCACCUUGUUCGUCAGGUCAGUACGAAGGCGCCCUUCCAUGUCAGCGCUGGUGACCCACAAGUCCAUGUUGCCGUCUUGGACUGUGGAGUUAAGGAGAACAUCCUUCGCAGCUUGGUCGGCCGUGGAGCGAGCAUCACUGUGUUCCCCUUUGACUAUCCCAUCCACAAGGUGGCCCACCACUUUGAUGGUGUCUUCAUCUCCAACGGCCCUGGAGACCCAACCCACUGCCAGGAUACUGUGUAUCAUCUCCGAAAGUUGAUGGAGGUCUCGCAGAUUCCUAUCUUUGGUAUUUGCUUGGGUCACCAGCUUCUGGCUCUGGCCAGCGGUGCUCGUACGAUCAAGCUCAAGUACGGUAACCGGGCUCAUAAUAUCCCUGCCUUGGACUUGACUACUGGCCGCUGCCACAUUACCAGUCAGAAUCACGGCUAUGCUGUGGACUCCUCUACGCUGUCUCCUGACUGGAAGCCAUACUUCGUGAACUUGAAUGAUUCCAGCAAUGAGGGUAUCAUCCACAAGACUCGACCGAUCUUCGGCACGCAAUUCCACCCCGAAGCCAAAGGAGGUCCUCUUGAUUCUUCCUACCUCUUCGACAUCUACCUAGACAGCGUUCGCAAGUACAAGAACAGCCAGACAGCCUUCUUCCCCGAGCGUGACAGCCGACCUAGUCCGCUACUGGUUGAUUUGCUUGCUAAGGAGCGUGUGGGUGUCCACCCCACCACGGGGAUGCAACAUGUUGCUGCCGCUGGCUCUGCAUAGAUGUAUUGUCUCUUCAAUUGGUCUGGAUUGGUUUUCGUUCCGUGUUUUCAAGUUUGUAAUUUCAGCGAUUAUUGAUGGAUAUAAUGAUGCAUUUUUUCUAAGGUAAAUAUCAUGGAAAGUUUUGAAGAUAUUAUCUCAUCUACUAGUCUUUUUGAAAGAGCAGUCAGGUUGGGCAUCAUUCAUAGCAUAGCUACAAAUGUCAUAAGUCAUGACUGCAAGCAGAAUUCCAAACAGAAGACAAAGAAAGUCGCGUCAUCCAUCAUUAUAUAGAGUACAUUCAUACAGCAUACAGUGCUAGCAUCGAAUAUCCAACUCUUCAGCAAAGUGUGUACGCAUGCUCACGGCAACACCACGCAAGAAACCCAUUGGCACAGCAGCAAGUUGCAACAACCACCAGUUACUUAUAACCAGCAGCAACAACAACAGGCGCAGCCACAACCUCCAACUUAGGCGACGCAGGCGGCGACAGGUUCGCAAAGCGAUCAACAGAAACAUAGUUAUACUGAAUCUGAUUCUUCUCAAGACCGUUCAGCUUGGGUUUACUCGUUCCCUUCAACAACUGAUCCAAGCCCUGACUGCCACUUUGGUCCCGAUAAUAAUCCUCCCAACCCCCCGAAGAAGCCUUCUCAACAAUAUCACUCUGCUGACUCUUCAAGGCCUCAAGAACAUUCCUCCCCUCAGCCGUAUUCGUACUCGAACUCGAAUUGAGUGCAUCGAUAACCCUCUUCCCCAACUGCGCGGAGAUAAAGUUGAUAUCGCGUAGGCGUUGCUGACGGACUUGCUCGGCGCGGGCGGCGGUGCGUUUCUCCAGCACGGCUUUGUAGAGGACGAGUUUGUCGCGGGUCCAGGUGCCCAGGAGAAUUGUUAGGAUUAGGUAGGAGAUUUUUUGGCCGAGGAUGAGGGAGAUGAGGGUUAAGGUGAGGGUUUGGAGGAGGGGGGUUGAAGGGUGGUCUUUGGUUCCGUGGGGCAUGGUGGUUGUUGGAUGCACACAAGAAAAUUGAAAUAAAUAAGACAAAGGAAAUAAGUAUGGAGAAUUGAAUGAACUGUACAAUAUCUCACAAAGUGCACGCAGUAUGUACAGUGGAUUCCAAUCCCAGCAAAAGAAACAAGAACAGAGAAGAAGUGAAAAGGAGAAAGAAUCGUAUUGCACGACUAUCUAGACUUGACCGUUGCGUUGGGCAUCAUGCCACCACU